GCACCCACGGGCCUGAACGAGGUUUGUGUGGGUUUCUUUUGCAGCCUCCUCCGCAGCAGAAGAUCAUCCGAGCAUUAUGAAACGACGAAGACGGUCAACAAGGUCCGCAGGCCCCCGGUCCUGGGCACGAUCAUCUAUCGAAGUUUCUACGUGCAUAUUCGUGAGACAAGAAUGUCAGCCUGAGCGUGUGUUGUGCCACAGCAUCCCUCUGCCACGCCCCAGGGGGUUGUUCUACUUCCAACGACACGGUCGAAACGCCCGCGCCAACACGAGCCCGAAACGAGACUCUGCUGCAAAAGGGGAGAAGGAAAAACUUUCGUCGCCAAAACUUUCAUCGCCAAAGACGACCCAAAACAUUAAAUCGCUCGUUUUAUCCCCACCCGUGUGCGCUGCCACGGACAGGAUGGCGGCUUGUUCCACCAACACCAUCAACGAUGUCACAGGCUGUGUGAACUUGUGUAGUCAGAUAGCUAUCGACACGCCCGCCCCGGUAGUCAGUCCUGCCAAGGACAGAGAUUCCGAUUCUGCGUCGUCCAUGCAUUUAUUGUUCUUACUCGCAAGCAUUGAUUCCCAACAGCCCAUCCAACAGCUUAUUCGUAAUGCGCGGUGUCUGAGAGGAUGGACUUCCCGUUUGUAGGCAGCCGCAGGAAUUAUAAGCUUUGCGCCACCAGGUCUGACUGUCAGCUAGCGCGCGGCACCGAUCCGGCUCGCCUAUCGCCAAUACUCACUUGCGGUAGCAAUACUG